AGGGCAGUAUUGUGCCACGUUGAUGGAGGAGGCCAGUGGGGACGUGGAACUGUUCCUAUGUGUAACCGGGCCAGCCGCUGACUCUCUGCACACAGUUUACUAACCCGAGAAAAAGGAUUUCUGAGCCGCUGAUUAAAGUUUUACCCUGUUCAGACCGCGUGGAUGAGCUGUGCAUGCCUGUGAGCAGCGACCAGAGGGAAGGAUGAAGCUGAAAGAGAUAAACCGCACUGCCAUACAGGCUUGGAGCCCGGCACAGCACCACCCCAUUUACUUGGCAGCAGGCACGUCUGCUCAACAGCUCGAUGCUACCUUUAGCACCAAUGCCUCCCUGGAGAUCUUUGAACUGGACCUGGCCGAGCCCAGUUUGGCCAUGAAGUCGUGUGGUGCUUUCUCCUCACCUCAAAGAUAUCACAAACUAGUUUGGGGCCCACAUGGGAUUGAUGAGCACGGGCAGCCCUCUGGAGUUCUGAUUGCUGGAGGAGAGACGGGCAACAUUAUCCUUUAUGAUCCCUCCAAGAUCAUCGCGGGAGACAGUGAAGUAGUUAUUGCAGAGAGUGAUAAACACUCAGGGCCUGUUCGAGCUCUCGACGUCAAUCAUUUUCAGUCGAACCUGUUCGCCUCUGGAGGAAAUGAGUCAGAAAUCUACAUCUGGGACUUGAACAGUUUUGGCACACCGAUGACUCCAGGACCGAAAUCACAGCCUCUGGAGGACAUUAGCUGCGUGGCCUGGAACUGCCAAGUACAGCACAUCCUCGCCUCAGCCAGUCCCGGAGGGAGAGCGUCCAUCUGGGACCUAAGAAAGAAUGACCUCAUCAUCAAAGUCAGCGACCACAGUAACAGGAUGCAUUGCUCUGGCCUGGCCUGGAACCCAGAGGUGGCCACUCAGCUGGUGGUGGCCUCGGAGGACGACCGCAUGCCUGUUAUUCAAAUGUGGGACCUGCGCUUUGCCACUUCCCCACUCAAAGUCCUGGAAAACCACACAAGGGGUGUCCUGGCCAUUGCUUGGAGUCUGGCUGACCCUGAGUUGCUGCUGAGCUGUGGGAAAGAUAACCGUAUUCUGUGCUGGAACCCAAACACUGCUGAGGUUCUUUACGAGCUUCCCACCAGCUCUCAGUGGUGCUUUGACAUCCAGUGGUGCCCCAGGAACCCAGCUGUGCUGUCUGCCGCUUCUUUUGAUGGACGGAUCAGCAUCUACUCUAUAAUGGGAGGCAGUAACGAUGCCGUCAACACUGCACAGGCUGAUCAGUUAAGUUCCUCGUUUGGCAACAUGGACCCCUUCGGCACAGGCCAGACCUUGCCACCGCUGCAGCUGCCUCAAGCCACCCCCACAAACAACACCAUCACACCGCUGAAGAAACCACCCAAGUGGCUCCGCAGACCAGUAGGAUCUUCGUUUGCUUUCGGUGGUAAACUCGUCUCUUGGGAGAAUAUUAAACCACCACCGCAGCAACCACAGCAGGCCGUGCCCCAUGUUGUGAACAUCAGCCAGGUAGUCACUGAAACAGACUUCUUAGACCGCUCCAGCCAGCUUCAGUCCACCCUCACUGCAGGAAGCUUCGUGGAAUUCUGCCAGAUGAAGAUUGAAGCUGCUCAGAAUGAGUUUGAGAGGACCGUUUGGGCUUUUCUAAAGGUUCAGUUUGAAGAUGAUGCUCGGGGAAAAUACUUGGAGCUUCUCGGGUACAAGAAGGAGGAACUAGCACUGAAGAUUGCAUCAGCAUUAGAAGGGAGAGACCACAAGUCAGAUGAAGCCAGUGAGGCUCCUCCCACAUUCCCACCUUCCACUGUCACUCAGCAAACCACGCCAGAAAUGGACUUGAUUCCAGUGGCUGAGCCUCACGCUCUUCCCGAGUUGGACCUCAUUCCACCUGUUAACGGUGAGCCAGAACCUGAGCUGGAGCUGAACGCUGUUCCUUUGGAUGAAGAGGAGUCCGGAAACGUUGACGUAACUGCUGAUGCACCAGAGGAGGAGGCAGCACUGGAGGAGGAGGAGAAAAAUGGACCCAUGGAAGAAGAGGAGGAGGCUCCAGCAGCUGAAGAGAGCCAAACACUGGAGGAGAUCCCUGUUGCUGAAGAGGAACCUGUUGCGGAUCAGAUCCCUGUACUUGAAGAGACCUCGUCUCCAUUCCCAGAAACUGUUAGCAGCAAAGCUAGCCAAGAUGUAGAUAGGCUGAUCACCCAAGCGCUGCUUAUUGGGGACUUCGAAGCUGCCGUCAACCUCUGCCUUCAUGAAAACCGAAUGGCAGACAGCAUCAUCCUGGCCAUUGCUGGAGGGCCAGAGCUGCUUGAGAAGACUCAGAAAAAGUACUUGGCCAAGACUCAAAGCAAGAUUGGCAAGCUCAUCAGCGCAGUGGUGAUGAAAGACUGGUUGGAUAUUCUUGAGACGUGUGAUCUCCACAACUGGAAGGAGGCUCUGGCUGCAGUCAUGACCUACGCCAAGCCAGAGGAGUUCUCCACCCUCUGUGGGCUGUUGGGCUCCAGGCUGGAGGCUGCUAAUGAUGCAGAGCUGCAGGCGCAGGCCUGUCUCUGUUACAUCUGUGCAGGCAGUAUGGAGCAGCUGGUGUCUUGCUGGUCCAAAGGACAGGAAUCCUGCAGCCCACUCUCACUGCAGCACCUGGUUGAGAAGGUGGUGGUUCUGAGACAGGCUGUGGAGAAGGCUCAGGGUGGUGUGGCUCCUGCUGUGGGCGCCCUGCUGGCAGAGAAGAUGAGUCAGUAUGCCGGCCUGCUGGCUUCUCAGGGCAGCCUACAGACUGCCCUCUCCUACCUACCCACCAACACCGAACAGGUUGCAGUGCAGCAGUUGCGUGAACGUCUGAGCAGGGCUCUGGGUCAGCAUGCCGCGGUCCAGGCGGCCCCCGCUGCACCAGUGCAGAACAGACAGCCUGUAGCCGUUCCUCAGCAGACCUACCUGCCAGUCCAGCCCCAGCCUCAACAACUGCCCCCUCAGCCCACACCUGCUGCCCCCAUACAACAGUAUUACCAGCAGGCUAGGGCCGCCUCUACUGUCACUUCCUGGAGUGACCAAACCCCAACAGUUCUGCCCAGUGUCCCUCGUCCGCUAGCCCCAGCAAAAGACCUCCAGGCUGAUCCAGCAUCAUAUGGUUUGCAGUCUCCAGUGAGUGCUAGUCCCACUGCAGCCAAUCCAUUCAUGUACUCCCAGCAGUACCAGACCUACCCCCAAGUCCAGCAGUUCACACCUGGUGCUGGGGGACCUUCUCUCUAUCAACCACUCCAGUACUCCUCUUCUACAGCCUCUGCUCUUCCUCCUCCACCUUCAUCCUCUGCGUCUGCUCCUUUCUACCCUUCCCAGUUCAUGCAUCCUGCUUCAUCUCAGCCUGCGCCUCCGGCCUUCCCCGGGCCUCCUCCACUCAUGGCGGGCCAGACGGGCCCUUCUGUGCCUCCUCCUCCUCUCUCCUCCUCCUCCUCUACCUUCUCUCCUCCUCCCUUCUCUUCCGGAGUCUCCUUCCAGCACGGCGGGCCGGGUUCACCCACCGCCUACCUUCCACCUCCACCCACUGGAGCCUCAGGUACACAGGCUGAGCCCGCCCUCAUCCCCGCCUCACAGAGAACAGGGGGAAUCAUCCAAGAUAGCUGGUUCUUGGAAGGGCCCCAGAAUGGAUGGAACGAUCCUCCAGCUCUUAGCAGAGGCCCCAAGAAGAAGAAGGUCCCAGAACACUACACUCCUCCUGCUCCCAUCACAGCACCCAUCUUGGCUCCGCUGGGAGACCCUCAGCAGGCAGCCCCUGCGCAGCCUCCUCAACAGCAACAGCAGCAGCCACAGCUCCCAGGACAGCCGGCUGGAGCUCCUCCACCAUUCACCCCCAUCCAGCAGCAGCCAAUGGUUCCAACGGUCAGAAACCCUGCUAUGCCCAGCAUGACUAUAGAAGGGGCACCUGGUGCUCCCACUGGAGGGGUCAUACAGCCAGUGCAGUCGCUGCCUUCUGAGAAGAUCAUGAAGAAGCCCAUCCCAGAUGAGCAUCUCAUUCUAAAGACGACGUUUGAGGGUCUGAUCCAGAAGUGUUUGGCUGCUGCCACAGAUCCGCAAACCAAGAGGAAGCUGGAUGAUGCUAACAAGAGGCUGGAAUCCCUUUAUGACAAAUUACGAGAUCAAACACUUUCUCCAGCCAUCGUGGGUGGUCUCCACAACAUAGCUCAGAGCAUCGAGUCCCGCUCCUACACUGAUGGCCUGAACAUGCACACGCACAUCGUCAGCAACAGCAACUUCAGCGAGACCUCUGCCUUCAUGCCAGUCCUGAAGGUGGUGCUAACACAGGCUAAUAAGCUGGGAGUCUGAUCUCGCGCGCACGCACACUACUUACUACUCAAUACCAGUAUUCCCGCUCCAACACAAGCCAUCCGUCAAUAAGGACCAACUGAUAUUGACAUGUACCGCCAGUCUUAUCAGAGCUGGAAUCGGGCAUUCCAGUUUACAGGCUUUUUCUUUAAGAUUCAAUUUUAUGUUUUGUUUAUGUCGCCAUUAUUUUAUAAAUGUGUAAUCAUGGCAGAGCAGAGUGCAAUGGGGAGAUUUCCCUUUUUUCUUUUUUGAAAAUUCAAAGGCAUGUUAUGAGUCAAUGCAAGGUUAAGGCAUCUGAUAUGAGAUAUAAGAUGUGUAUGGUAAGACAGAAUUUACAGGUUUUUCUCAUGUAAUUGAGCUUUCAAACAUUUGCAUUUUUAGCUUUUUUUUGUUUCAUGUCUUGUCUAAAUUAAUUUAGCCUAUUGAUGUGUAUGGUUGAUUAUCCAAAGCUUUGCCAUUUCUGUGAUGUUUAAUGCAAUCCCCCACAUUAUUGCAUUAUCUGUUGACCAGGAUGGAUAUAAAAUCUCAAACAAGCAGAUAUUUUCAAUAAAUGUUAUUUAUUUAAAGCUUUUAAGUUUUGAUUUAAUAUCAAUAGCUAAACAGAGCUAGUAGAUCAAUGUUUCUCCUUAAGGUUUAUGAAGCUGCCUAGUUUUUUUUGUUUUAAAAUCUUGAAGAAACCACACAAUGCAUUAAUAGUUCUGAUCAAUCGCUUUAAUUCAGUAGGAUUUACGAAACAUUUCUGAAAACGGAGGAGAAGACGAGCACUGUACAUCGUACGGGAUGGUUCUCUCUCAGAUCAAGCAUUGGUGAUGUUCACCAUAAAAGGGAAAGUUGCUGUUGUUGUUGUCUUCAGUCUCCAGGAUCACCUGAGUUUUGAGAUAUUAUAUGUUGUAUAUUCUCAACUUGCCUUAUGAUAGUAUGUUAGAGCCACUGGUUUUUCGAACACUAAGUCAGAGUUUGCGGGAAUGUCUGAGAGAAGAUCUCUUACUGCUGGUCACUGACUGAUUCUGUCUACAACUUUUCACGUUUUGUACGUGAAGGCUGCAGCGCUUCAUGUGCAACCUUUCACUUGGAGGGUUUUAGUGGACAAUGUUUAAAAGAAUAUUGUACAUUUUUGAAGGUGGAUGUUUCAUUAUAAGCCAGUUGUCAAAUAAAUUGAUAAACAUUUCUCAGAA